AUGCCGAUCCAAACGCUCCCCCGAUUUCUUUUCUUCGACGUCUUUGGCACCGUCGUCGAGUGGCGUCCCCGUGUCACGUCGGCGCUGCAAGAAGCCGCCGAGCAGGUCCUCAAUGACCCGCGACGACACCUCGCGGCGGAACUGCGCGCUCGCGUUUCAUCCAUGACCGCGCAAGACUGGCAGGGAGUCGCGGAGGACUGGCGCCGAUCCUACGGCCAGUUCACGCGCAACUACGACCCGUCGCAGGCCUUCGUGUCGGUCGACCAGCACCACUACGCCGCGCUGCACUCGCUGCUGCAAGACCGACAGAUCGAGGCCCUCUUCACGGAUGAGGAGAGAUGGCAGCUGGCGCUGGCCUGGCACCGGUUGGAGCCGUGGCCCGACAGCGUGCGCGGCCUGGCGCUACUGAACCGCCAAUUCCGCACCUGCACGCUCUCCAACGGCAACGUCGCGCUGCUCGACGACCUGAAACGCCAUGGCAGCCUGCCCUUCACGGACGUGGCCAGCGCCGAGAACUUCGGGGCGUACAAGCCCUCGCCGCUGGUGUACCGCGGCGCCGCGCAGCGUUUCGGCCUCGACCCCGCGGAAUGCGCCAUGGUGGCGGCGCACCUGAAUGAUCUGAAAGGGGCCAAGGCCUGCGGCUUUCAGACCAUCUACGUGGAGCGGCCGCAGGAGGAAGUCGUGGACCCGGACCAGGCGCGGAGGGAGGGAUAUGUGGACCUGUGGAUCAGCCUGGAGUCUGACGGACUGGUGGAGGCAGCGAGACAACUGGGGAUUCCUACGGACUGA